CGACUCGGCAGCGCGCCUGCCCUGAGGAGUUCAAGUCCACUGGGUCUACUCGAAGUUUAUUCAGACAUUGCGAGCUGUAGCAGUGAUUCUUCGUGCAACACCUUUGGGUCAACAUGCAUCGUGCCAUGUUUUUGCGGAAUAUUCGUCCGGUUUACCGAUUGGCCAAAUGUCCAUAUUCCGCUGCCAGCAUUCCUAAGCCGAAUCCUGAGCCUGUGGUUCAGUUUAAUAAGCUGUUCAUCAACAAUCAGUGGCAGGAUGCACAAAGUGGGAAAACCUUCCCUACAAUCAAUCCGUCCACAGGCGAAGUAAUUUGUCAUGUUGCAGAAGCUGACAAGACGGAUGUGGACCGGGCCGUCAGAGCGGCACGGGCUGCCUUUCGGUUGGGUUCACCCUGGCGACGCAUGGACGCCUCAGACCGGGGCCUCCUGCUCACCCGUCUGGCUGACGCCAUAGAAAGGGAUGCUGGUUACCUUGCAGAACUGGAGACCCUUGAUAAUGGAAAGCCAUACGCUAUUUCUUACUGUGUGGAUAUUCCAAACGUGGUCAAGUGUCUCAGAUACUACGCAGGAUGGGCUGACAAGUGGGAGGGGAAGACCAUUCCUAUCGACGGAGACUACUUCUGUUACACCAGGCACGAGCCCAUUGGUGUCUGUGGGCAAAUCAUACCAUGGAAUUUCCCUCUUCUGAUGCAAGCAUGGAAGCUUGGACCUGCCCUAGCAACUGGCAACACCGUCGUGAUGAAGGUUGCUGAGCAGACUCCCCUGACUGCUCUCUAUGUAGCCAACCUCAUCAAAGAGGUUGGUUUUCCAGAAGGCGUGGUGAACAUUCUGCCCGGUAUGGGGCCUUCAGCGGGUGCUGCCAUCGCCGCACACAUGGAUGUGGACAAGUUGGCUUUCACCGGGUCCACCGAGGUGGGCCAUCUGAUUCAGCAAGCCUCAGGAAGCAGCAACUUGAAGAAAGUCACUCUCGAGCUGGGCGGGAAAAGUCCCAACAUUAUCCUGUCUGAUGCAAACAUGGAGGAAGCUGUAGAGCAGGCCCACUUCGCCCUGUUCUUCAACCAAGGCCAGUGUUGCUGUGCCGGUUCUCGGACCUACGUCCAGGCCGACAUUUACGAUGAGUUUGUGGAGCGUAGCGUGGAGCGAACCAAGAACCGCGUGACGGGGGAUCCCUUCGACCUGAAGACAGAGCACGGUCCUCAGAUCGACGAUGAACAGUUUAAGAAGAUCCUUAACUACAUCGACAUCGGGAAAAAAGAAGGAGCCAAAAUGCUGUGUGGAGGAAAAGCGGCCUCUGACAAAGGCUACUUCAUCCAGCCCACUGUGUUCGGAGACGUCCAAGAUCAGAUGACCAUCGCUAGAGAGGAGAUCUUCGGCCCCGUCAUGCAGAUCAUGAAGUUCAAAACGUUGGAGGAGGUAUUGGAGCGAGCAAACGACACCAAGUAUGGCCUGGCAGCGGCUGUCUUCACCAAGGACAUCGACAAGGCCCACUACCUCUCCAGCGGCCUCCGCGCCGGCACCGUCUGGAUUAACUGCUAUGAUGUCUUUGGAGCCCAAGCUCCAUUUGGAGGUUUCAAAGCUUCUGGGAAUGGCAGAGAGCUGGGAGAAUAUGGUUUGGACAAUUACACAGAGGUCAAAACGGUGACCAUUAAGGUACCACAGAAGAACUCCUAGACGGCUUUCUACAACGAUCAUCAAUGUCCAAGGCCGAGAUAUUUGUUCUUCACAUAACAUGGCUCUUUUUCUAAUGGAUUGAAUGAUUUUGGUAAUAAGCUACAUGUGAGGUCAGUGAUCCAUAUGGAUAACUUUAUCCAUAUGGAUAAUUUGUGUAAUGAGUGUGGGGCUGUCAAUAAAUAACUUUCUAAAAUA